GAUAUUUCACUGUGGUGUGUGUUUCCCCCCUUUAGGAGACAUUAAAUAAGUGGAGCGACAGUGCUGGCUGCUGCACACCCAGGCUUGUUGUAUAAUGGGGCUUCACCUCAGCUGAACUUGACGCAUCUGGUUUAGCGGCGGCGCAGGACUCGCGGCGCAGCCUGUGAGUCCCUAUUGAACCGAGUUGGAUGGUUGGCGCGACAGAGAGACUAGAGAAGGGGAAACACAACUCUUUCAUGGCCCAGUAGCGACUGUCGGAGACCUUCUCCCGACUGUAUCCGAAAUGACUACCCUUUAUGCUUCUCAGCCUACAAAUAUUGUGUGUUUUUUUUUAAUUUCCUGCUCAUUUUGGGAUCCAGACAAUGAGAAGAGGUGCCACCGUCUAGGAAAUAUGAAGCCCGCAGACUGAGUUGGACACCCUAGAGGGAGAGACCUUACAACUUGAACUUAAGACCUAUCAGGGCAACAGAGGACACAAGUCGACACGGAGCCACAAGGCUUCAGACAUUGCAAAGCAGAGAGCAUGCAUAUAUACUGUGUGCAGCUACCGAGGAAACCAGGACAAUGAACGGCGGAGAUUUCAGCAUUUUACCCUGGAUAACUGAUGGCUGUGGUGUGCGUGCCAGCUGCCUCAAAAUCUCAGUGGAUUCAUAAUUUGGACGUGAAUAUAUUUUUCCUGGUCCAACUUCAAUGUGAAGGAAACCUGAGAGGAGGUGAGCUGACACAAUGCAUAGACCUGCAGAGAGGAGAUGACCUGUCAAGCACAAGUGACAGACAGGAAGUAUUUGGACAGCAAAAAUUUAGGUGAUAAGUAUUUUAAUAAAUACAUAUACGUAUAUAUAUAAAACUAGUGAAUGUAAGACCUCAGAGUAAAUGCCAGUAUUAUUUUAUUACUUGUUAGAAUUGUACAUAGGUCAUAUAUAUAAUAAAUGCAGAUCAUCUGUAGUUUUGUUUUCUUUGUUUGUUCCUGGGUUCUCUGGUUAUCGUUUUGAGCUUCUGUUCCCUAACAUCAUCAUGUGACAUGAGGGACACCUACAGGAGACAAACUGUCCUUUGGGGUGAGGUAGUAGGUUGUAUAGUUUUAGGGUCCUUCCCAAGUUGUCAGAUGACUAUACAACUUACUGUCUUUCCUGGAGCGACUGUGCUAGCAUCAUCACCGGAAAAUCAGGAGUUCGUUGUGCUCAUCACUGAAAACUUGUGAUUUUUCUUGGUUUUUACUUUGAAGUGAUAUGUUACAAAAUGUUAGAGUAAAAGUAAAUAAUACUUUAUUUUUUAUUACAGUUAAAUCAGGGAGAAAGGAGGAAUUGUGGAAUUUUAGACUCUAACACUUUAACACUCAUGCUAUCAUCACACACCUCAAUGUUAAUGACACACAGUAGCUGUGUUUUCAUUUAUACAGUGACCAGAUCUGACAAACCCUCACUAAUCCCCCAUCCUCCUCCUACCCACCUGGGUGACUUAUGGUGUUCGUACAGGGUGAGGUAGUAGGUUGUGUGGUUUCAGGGUUGUGAUUUUACCCCAUCAGGAGCUAACUAUACAACCUACUGCCUUCCCUGGAGGGCAGCAAUACAUCACAGGAGCAUACACACCCUUGUCAUCUUUUACUCAGACUCUAAACAUGACAGGCCUGGUAUUUGAUUUCAGAGGUUUCAUUGAAUUGGUGAGUGUUGCUCAAUUACAAUAUGCAUUUGAUAACAACAUUAAUAAUCGCUUAUUAGAUUUGUAACUGGUAAAAAAAAAAAUAAUGAGGAAAAUGCAGUUGGGCAUAGAACUUUUUUUAACAGCAUUCAUGUAUUUGUACUUUUUUAUUAAUACUUAAAUAAAGACUGGAAAAGAAAUAAUUGUAGAAUGACCAGUGAUUGGAGUCUGAUCUUUAUAGUGUUCAGAAGAAAUUGUGCCUUCUUCUGUAAUCCUUUCCAUAACCCAUUAUAUGUUGAAGUACUAAUCUGUGGUUUAAGAACAUGUAGACAUUAAAUGCUCUGUGUGUGUGUGUGUGUGUGCAUUGUUGUUCUUUUCUAUUGUAAAACACAGGCAAUUACCUGUAAAAGAUUUUGGUAGUAGGAAACUCAAAGUAAACAACCAAAUAGAGCUGUAAUGUUUUAUUUGAGCUAAGCAUAUUUGACAAAUAUUUCUGUACUUUGCGAUUAGGAAACCUUUUUUGUACUCAUAGGAAGUGACCUAGGUUUUCAAGUUUGAUCACAGACUUCAGCAAAGUUGAUAUCUGGUCCACACAGGUUCUCAUAAUCUAUGGUGGAAAUCAGGAGAAGAGAGACUUUGAAACUUUCUUUUGCAUUCAUUCACAGUAGAUGGCGCCAGAUAUGACAUGUUGUGUUGUCUGAUGCCUUACUGUGACACUGGCAGUACUCGCUAAGUGCACAUGUGCAAACUUUAGCACAGAAAGAAAAACUGGCUGCAAGUGCAGUAAGUGUACCAGAAAGGAUGGCCUUUAUUAUAGGCGGUUAUUUUACAUGAAGUAUCCAAGCUCUUACUUUUUCUUGAAUGCAACAACAAAUUCAUCGGUGACACAUCUCUUUAUCACUGCUUAAGUCAGGGCGGUUAAGCGUUUAACAAACUGUACCGGUGUAACAGAAGAGGCUAAAAUUGCAGUUCUUUAUAUUAUUUCUUUGUGGAACAUACACCUAACAGCAGGUCAGCUGUAACACAAACAGCAGCUUCAGUGGUCUAUUUACAGGUUUCUCACUGUUAGUGUUGGUAUGAGAGGUAUGUCCUCUGAGAGUUCAAAACAGCCUGGACACUUGCCCUCAACACCUUGGAUGACUGUUGGUAGAAUGCAGUUACCUAUGUUUCUGUUUCCCAGCUAAUAUUUCAAAAUGAACACUAUGGGUCAAAAUCUGUAUUUUCAUACAAACAACCUUUUGUUACACACACAUGCACAUAUAUAGAGAGAAGAAAGUAUUUUGGAGCUGAUGGAGGUGGAAAUUAUUCAUUGACUAGAUGAAUCUAUUUAAAUUAGAAUCUAUUCAUUAUAUUAUAGGAUCAUAUGUUUUGCAAGUAAAAUGUUAAUCUGUAGGCUGAAAUGUUGUAUAGAUAUUUCUCUUUGAAAUGUAGUGUUUUUAAGAAUAUGCAUAAAAUUGAGUGGCCUACUUCAAAUGUACAUUAACUAGACCUACAGCAGUUAAAUAGACUUGGUUAACAACGCUGAAUACUACAGGGGUAGUCAAGCAGCAUAUUGUUUGGCAUUUUAUUAAAAUAAAACUGGUUUUGUUUAGCACUUGUGUAACUAAUGUUAUGCCGUUUAAUUAGAAUGAAUGAUUUACAAUGGCUCGACAGCGAUUCGUUAUGAUGAGCUGCCAUAAAUUUUACAGUAACUUGAAGAUGGAGCCAAUCGACCCACGUGUUUCACUGACAUGGGAGCAAGUGACAGACAUCCACGGUCCACAUCGUGGACACCGGGAAGUAAUCGUGUUCAGCCAAAACAACAGGCGACCCGCUUUCUCAUCCCUAUUUAUCCAUUGGCUAAAACUAUAGGUGUGCGCGCGUGUCUACGUGCGUCGCUACGUUAUUUCCUGCAGAGGAUGAGCGGAGUUUUGACAGCGCUGAAAUAGGCAACGCACCGCGUUUUGGACAGAGCUGAUAGGAUCAGUGUGCGUCGGAGGUUCCCGCGAUCAUCUCGAAAUGAUUCCCGUCGUUGUUCUUGAGUCUGGUCAGUGAGGGAUUGUCUUCCACCACCCCCUGAGGUUUGGCUUUAUCUCCACCAUGCCACUGGAUCUGUAUUGCCCUCCAUCCCCAAUGGGAGAUUCCCUCAUGAAUAGUCCCCUGUGUGGAGACCUGAUGGAGGAUCUUCGUGACAUCUCCCAAUCUAUAGGAGAUGAUGCCCUGGGAUUUGAUUUCCCAGAGUACCAGAAUACUGGUUCAGGCUCCGAGAGCUCCACUGCACUGGACACCUUGACCCCAGCUUCCAGUCCGUUAUCAGGGGUGUGUGGAGCAGCAACAAGCCCCGAGGAGAGCUUCAGCCCCAUCAUCCUGGAGUGCCAGGUGUGCUCAGACAAGGCUUCAGGCUUCCACUAUGGAGUGCAUGCAUGCGAGGGCUGCAAGGGUUUCUUCAGGAGGACCAUCAGGUUGAACCUGGACUACGAAAAGUGUGAACGCAACUGCAAAAUCCAAAAGAAGAACCGCAACAAGUGUCAGUACUGCAGAUUCCACAAGUGCCUCUCUGUGGGCAUGUCUCACAGCGCCAUCCGAUUUGGUCGAAUACCACAGGCAGAGAAGCUGAAGCGCAAGGCAAAAAGCAAGACGGUUGAGAAAGAACUGAAAAGCCCAUUGCUAGCUGACCACAAGAUUCUGGUCAGGCAGAUUUACAGAGCCUAUAUGAAGAAUUUCAACAUGAACAAAGCAAAAGCACGGUUCAUACUCACUGGAAAAACCCCCAAGCCGCAGCCUUUUAUCAUUCAUGACAUGGAAACGUUCCAGCUUGCAGAGAGGACAUUAGCAGCCCAUAUGGUAAAUGGUGACUGUCCGGAACUGGAGAGCAGCUUUCAAACUGGGGAGGUGGUUCUGGCUCAGGGGCGUGGGGAGCUCCAGCAGAGGCAGGCCGAAGCCAGACUCUUCCACUUCUGCCAGAGUACCUCAGUGGAGACAGUCACAGAACUGACAGAGUUCGCUAAGGCAGUGCCAGGUUUCCAGAGCCUGGAUCUGAAUGAUCAGGUUACUCUAUUAAAGUAUGGUGUUUAUGAAGCCCUCUUCACUCUCCUGGCCUCCUGCAUGAACAAAGAUGGCCUCCUGGUUGCCCAUGGUGGAGGCUUCAUAACUCGUGAAUUCCUCAAAAGCCUCCGACGCCCAUUUAGUGACAUGAUGGAGCCCAAAUUCCAGUUUGCCAUGCGCUUUAACGCCCUGGAGCUGGAUGACAGUGAUCUGGCCCUUUUUGUGGCGGCUAUUAUCUGUUGUGGAGAUCGUCCAGGUCUAGUGGAUGUACCUCUAGUGGAGCAGCUGCAGGAAAGCAUUGUUCAAGCACUGCAGCGCCGCCUGCUGGCUAACCACCCUGAUGACACCUUCCUUUUCCCCAGGCUUCUGCAGAAACUGGCUGACCUCCGGGAGCUGGUCACCGAGCAUGCCCAGUUGGUGCAGGAAAUCAAAACAACAGAAGACACACUGUUGCAUCCUCUCCUGCAAGAGAUAUACAGGGACAUGUACUGAGAAGAUAGCACAUGUAUUAAGAUGUUAUUGUAAGCCAGGUAUUUCCAAAACUGGGUAUACCUACAGAAUACACAUUAACUGAUAACAACCAGGCAUAUCAGUGUAUUCUAAGUAGCUAAUUGUGCAGCUUUUAUGGAUGCACACUGCUGUGACAAUAGAAUGGUAAAACUUUCAUCUGGAACAAAAAAAAAAAAAAGAAUCAAAUUCUUUUUAGGGGAAUGGCAGCUCUUGUAGGGAAGGGUUAGGGUUCUGUAAAAGGGGAGACAGAAAAGUCAUAUUCCUAAUAUUUUGAAUACGUCACCUUAAUUUACAGGUGAUUUGAAUGUGAUUAAUAGCUUUGCCAAGUCCUUUGUACUAGUGCCUUCUUGAUACUGGUGCCAGAUAAGCGGUUGAGGAAACACCUACAUCAGUUUUCACCAAGUGCCAUAAUGUUUCAAGGGCUGAGCGUAUUUUUGCUUUUGAUCACACCUUAUACAUCCACCACAUAACAAAUAUGUACCAGAGUCCAUAAAAAGCUUUAUAUAUAACUAUUUAAUUUUGGAUCAAGGAAUGUUCUCACAAAUCAACCAUCAAUUGAAAAUAUUGUACUUUAAUGUGUUACAUAUUUAUUUACUGUAAUAAUUUUUAUUCUACUGCUGGCGGCAUGGUGAUGCAGUAACCAGUGCUGUUGCCUCACAGCAAGAAGGUUCCGGGUUCAAGCUCUGGCCGACCCGAUGCCUUUCUGUGUGGAGUUUG